AUGUUAACGAAUAUGGAAAGUGGCCAUAGUGUUAAUGGCGGAGGUGUAUUAGUGAGCCUUAGUAAGGCGGCGCCAACGCCUUUCUCCAUAAAUGAUAUUUUAACGCGCAACAACAAUACUUAAAUGCACACAACACAACAGCUGCGGCCACUCUCCGACACGGAAAUGUCGUUUAACGCGAAGCAGCAGUCGCCACAGAUUUUCGUCAAAAUCAGGCGUGAAUUGAAAGACGGUUUGAAAACGUCUGCUUCGUGUUGCCAUAUCGGCGCGAGUGAAUUUAAUAACAGUAAAUUAAGUGCUGCUUUAGAAAACGGCGCCUGCGCCAAGCCCUCCAACAAUUCGAGCCCGAUCUGGAAAUGCGCACGCGGUGGCAAAGUCUCGGCAUCAUCGGCGGCGGCCGCGGACAGGCGGCGCACAAAGCGCAAUUGUGAAAAUAACGAUUUUAUGCCCUACUAUAUGGCCACUUUGGAUAAUAACAAUCACAUAUUCCAGCUAGCGCGAGAUUCGUUAUAUCGGUACGGCGGGUUUGGUGGCGAACGCGAUUGUCCCAUUGACAUGCGACGUUGCAGCAAUAAUGAAUCAGACUCUGAGUCUUCACCGCCACCGUCAAUGUUGUCGCUUUAUGGUGGCGCCUGCGCAUUCCGCCAGAAUAGCUGCAUGAAGCACUUCACCUACGUGCAUGACACAGACGCGCUCAACGGUUCGCUGAGCCGUAAGAAGCGUUGUGCCGCUUUCAGUCACGCGCAAGUAUUUGAGCUAGGACGUCGUUUCGCCAACAGCGUUAUCUCGGAACGUGCUGAAAUGGCCAAAAUUCGUUUGACCGACACAGGUGAAGAUUUGGUUCCAAAUCGCCGUUACAAGACGAAGCGAAAUUGCAGGCAUGAAGCCGCGCUGAUGAGCGCCGCCACGAAGCGUGUGCCAGUGCAGGUGUUAGUCGUGAGGACGGCAGCGGUGCGGCGACGGCACAGCGGCUGCUGCAUAUGCCACAUGUUGCCGACGCAUGGCAUUGAUCCCGCACUACUGCAUAUUUAUCGUCAUCAGGUGUUAUGUGAACACGGCGUUGGCGUUUCAUUGCCUCAAGUAUCGUUUCCUUACUUCUAUCCGUCGAAAAUACCUCAACCUAUACCACCGCCCAGUCAGUCGUCGGCGAACGGUUCAGUUGCUGGGUUUGCCAUACACGCUGCGGGAAAUCACAAAAUAAAUAACAAUAACAAUAACAGUUUUGAGAUCACAAAAUGCAUUAAUUUCGCUAAAAUGGAGCACGGCAUGGCGUACAUACAAUGCUCCUCGGCCUCCUCAUCACCCACGCAUGGCAACACGCUCGCCAGUGGCGACAGCAGUAGCCCAUCGAGAUCAUGCUCCAGUCCAAGCAUGGAUACCGCUGGCGCCAUGUUGACAUCAGCCAUGUCUGCGGAUACGGAAAGCUGCGCUGAGACGCACUCCGCUACGACGGAGGAUUGUGAUGAGAAUGUGGAAAGGAUUAGAUAA